CGCCUAUUCGUUCAAACUAACGCCGUAUUGUCGUUCACUCGUGAUUCUUGAUUGAUCUUUAUCAUGAUUUCAUACCAAUCGAGUCCCCAGAGGGAUGCGCCUUACACUUCAUUGCAAAGCUUUAGGCACAGCACAGCCCUGAUGGCGAUACACUUUGUGGGGACAUAGGCUCUAACAUGUUUCUGGUAUAGGUUGCAUGAUAUUGGGGCGCUGUAUAAUGAAUGGCGAUGUUCAUUGGCUGCUGGCUCUAUAUUACUUACCUUAUUGGUGUAGAUCACUAAUCUCUACACGACUUCCAACCAGGGUAUAACAGAUCGUCUUGUCGUUCGAUUCUUUCCUUAUAUACCUGCUUUUGCAUUAUUUCAAUUUGUCAGCAUUUUAUAGUACCCGACACUAUCUGGACAUCUCAGACGUUUAUCCUAUCGACCCUACCAUCUAGCAUACCUGAGCAUGCUUCGUUGGCACCGACGACAAUGUCGCAAACCAGAUGUAAGCAUAACGGAUGAUGUAUUAUUCUGUUCUAGUUGUGAUUCAAUUGCGGAGUUAACAUGUCUCCACAUAAAUCAUCAACCCACUUCAACGAAUACUCAUAUGAGCGAGUCGUCACAAUCCCUGAACCUUCGGUGGCCGCUAUCUGUUCAGUAUUCUACGGAAGAAAGUCGCAACGACUCCAGCGAUGGCCUCCGUGCAUGCAAGGCGGGAAUCGGGAGUCUCUCACUCAAUAUACAGAAUCCGAGUCUGUCGGACUCUAAAAAAGGGGAGCCGGGCACGGACUCCCAACUUGACGGCCGAUUUUACACCCCACUGGCUCAAAAAUAUGAUAUUCGGCUGCUCAAACUUUCUACUUUGCCAUCAAGUCAGUAUUUGCAUGGCGAGUUAGCCCUGGUCGAUUUAGUCUACAGCCCAUCGUUCGAAGCACUAUCGUACACAUGGGCGGGGGAGACUGGCGACAGCACUAAGCCGAAAUUCAUAUUCAUUGGAUCCUCCUGGGAUAUAAUUCCCAUCACUGCGAACUGCGACUCAGCAUUGAGGCUUCUUCUAUCUAAAGGCCACAUGAAUAUUUGGGUGGAUUCUAUCUGCAUCAACCAACAAGAUCCCCAAGAGCGAACACAUCAAGUUUCUAUUAUGCGCGAGAUUUUCUCGAAGGCUUCGCAGGUAUUGAUUUACUUGGGACCCGCAGCGCGUCGCAGCGAUGAUGCGAUGGAAGCGUUGGGCAGAUUAAGCAGCCUUCCCCCAGCGAUGGCCCAUAAUCCGGAGCCUGAAUUAAGCGACGGUCAAAAUUUCGGUCUGGAACGUCUCUUUGAAAGGAGAUACUUUUCCCGUAUAUGGAUCAUACAGGAAAUUGCUAUGGCAAAAGCAAUCACUUUUUAUUGCGGCGAGAAGGGCGCCUCUUGGUCAUCAUUCAGCACGAGUGGCAUCCACAUUCCCUAUCGCUUUAUUCAAGGUGUACCAUGGUUAUCAAGAUACGGCCGAGGAACUGCUAGCGCCAUGACACAGCCAGAGGAGCUAUUACAGCUUUUAAAUGCGACUUCGAGUUGCUCUGCCUCGGAUCCUAGAGAUAAUGUAUUCGCGGUGUUGGGUCUUCUGCGAGAUGGUCUUUUCGAUGGGUUAGUACCUGAUUAUCUUCUUUCUACGAAGCAGGUAUAUACCGGUGUAGCAUCAUACCUCAUUACGCGACAUAAAAAAACCGAGAUCUUGUCGUAUCCGAAAGGGCGUCACGGUUCACUCCCUACGUGGGUUCCAGAUUGGUCCGUUUAUCGCGCUCCGAAAAUCUUACCUAGUGAAGACGAGAGCACAUUUCAAAAUACCCCCCAUACGGACACUAUUUUUAGGAGAAAACGAUAUUAUAAAACAGAAGGGCAUGGUUACCAAGAAUACGAUGAUCAUUUUAAGCUGAGGCUCCCUGAGGACUCAUCCAUAGGCAAAGACGAAAAGGUGGAUGCUAUUUGGCUCAAGAGCGGCUGCACGUCUUGGACGCUAUUCACUACGAACGACGAACAAUCGCCACGGAUUCGCUAUUUCUUGCGAAAGUCGGAAGACAAUGAUAUGGAACACGUAUCUAAGACCAGACCGAAGAUCAAUGCUACUACAGGGGCACUAAGCAUACACUGCACCGUUGUGACAAGUUUUGAAUCAUUUGAGGCGAACGCUCCCUUGGAGUAUACACGAACAGUAUCCUUUCCGAGCACUCGAGACGAAUUUGAAUGGUUAGUGAAGACAGAAAAUCCGGUAUAUCCCGAACUUGAUGUCGUCGCAUACGUCCCAGGUUGCGACUCGUAUCUACAUUUACGAAUGGACCAGGCCGCUGGUGGUUACGCACUUCUUGGCUAUUGUCGCAUCGGUUUUCGCCAGGGUACUGUACGAAAUGCGCAAUUUGGUAUGGACAGGUAUAAAUUCGAAACCAUUAGCGGUAUCCCCGGUUGUCGUGUUGCCGAUGUGGACUUAGUUGGUGGGAUCACUGCUCCGAAUCUCCUCUGCGCUUCAUACGGGUUUGAUAGACCAUUCCUAGAGUUCCUUCAAAGCUUACGGCAAAGUAGAGUUGGGGAACUUAUAGUGUCACACCUCAAAGAUCAGGAUGCGCCUUUGAGCGGCUUGCGGGGCAACGCGAUGAAAGUAUACCUCGGGCAGCAACUAGGAGCAUUAGCGGUCUGGAAAACUGCAUUGGGGUGGAGGACGUCAAUCAAAGGCGGCAUCGGAAUUAACGAUGUAAAGAGUUUAUGUAAUGCGGUGGCAGAACAUGUCAAGUUCUGGGCUCAUCCUGCGACUUGGCGGGCCCUGGACGCUAUUGAGGUUGCUAUGAAUUCGAUAGACAGUUUGAUCCAGAUGUGGUCUGAUUGGAAUCAAGUUGCUCGAAGUAUUGCAGCUCUGGAAAUGAAUGGAUUGAAAGGCAAAACAGAUAACCGGACCAUUGAAACUCUGGCUGAUAGCGACGAGAUCGACACCUGCGAACACAAGAUAGAACCCCAAGUUGCUUCACGACUUGGUAUCCAAACGCCUCAGACUUCCCUUCAAUCCCUACUACUCGCCUUCUCCAAGUCAACAACACAGCUCAUGCAGGAGUUAGGGAUAGAAUCGGAACUAUUCGACUACUCCCCUACCAAUCUAGACAGUGAAGAAAAAAACGGAAGGGGAUCGUGGGAGCUAAUCCCGACCGAACGCCUUCGACUGGGGAGGAUAUACACGAAAAUCCGAAGAACCGAGGCUCAGGACCCUAAUAAUCAUGCUUAUGAUCCUUUACUGAGUUUAGGCGCGGAGACUUUCUAUACCAAGGUCAGAUCCAGGGUUGAUACCCUCGAAUGGCUACAGCCGAGCUGGCAGUCAUACCGAGGACACCUCAUGGGAUUCCGACAUGUUUGCCAGCACAUAUCUGGUAUUGAUGCGUUUCAGGAUAGCAUGUGCAAGGUCCAAGAAAUCACGAUACUUUGAGAGAGGGGGUGUUAUAGGGAAAUGAAUGUGUAGGUCACUUAUGCCAUGGUAAUCAUCCAUUGAGAAAUAUUAGUGACUGAGGUACUCAUUGGUUUUCUGAUUUACCUAAUGAAUGAAUACGCAUAGUCCGUUAGUCAGUUGACUACUCCCGAUUGCAGAACCAAUUGAGAGGGGAAAGUGAUGAACUGGUAUAUCGCGACAUCAGACUAACUGUUGUGUUACGGCGGGUUAGAGACAUUAUCACGAGCAGCAGCCACAAUGGUGUUACCAGUACAUCUCCAGAUAUGUACGCAUAACAAUAGGCGAUGUAUCUCGUCCAUCAAUCUGAAGGAUAGGUAGAUCUUGAAAUAUUGAAGUUUACCAUUAAUAA